AUGACGGUUGAAGAAGCCCAAAAAACGGCCUCCGAUGCCGAGGGCCUUGACUCUAAGGCUUCUCCUACAGUCUCAUCUGCAGAGUCUUUGUCUUCGUCUUCGGUAGCGUUCGAGGGACCUCGUGCUAAGCAGACCGAAUGUGCUUUCGAUACUACUGAGGACCCACGGUUUUAUAAGCCCAUUCCUGAAUAUGAAGGUGCCCAUCGCUGGGACCCGGAGUUUGAGUGGACAGAGCAAGAAGAGAAAGCCGUGAUCAGAAAGAUUGACUGGCGCGUUUGCACAUUUGCUUGUAUGACAUUUUUUGCACUCCAGCUAGACCGUGGAAACAUUGUCCAAGCCACAUCGGAUAACAUGCUGGAUGAUCUUGGCAUGACCACGAACGACUACAACACUGGCCAAACAAUAUUUUACUUAACCUUUCUCUUUGCUGAGUUGCCCUCUCAGCUUAUAUCAAAAUGGGUCGGCCCCGAUCGCUGGAUUCCUGUACAAAUGGUAAGCUGGAGCAUCAUUGCUUCGUGCCAGGCAUUUAUCAAGGACAGGAGCGGAUUCUUCGCGACCCGCGCUAUGCUCGGUUUGCUCGAGGGCGGCUUCAUUCCCGACACCAUCCUUUUCCUAUCGUUCUGGUACACGUCCAAGGAAUUGCCUAUCAGACUCAGCUACUUCUGGAUGACAUAUGAAGCGACCGCAAUUGUAAGCGCUUUCCUUGCCUUUGGCUUCCUCCACAUUCGCCAGUCAGAUGGCACCGGUGGCUGGCGAUACCUGUUUGCCCUGGAGGGUUUGAUUACUGGUUUGAUUGGUAUCGCCGCUGCAAUGUGGAUGCCAGCCUCGCCAACGCAAACUGCGGGCUGGUUCCGCGGUAAGAAUGGCUGGUUCAAUGAGCAGGAAGAGAAAAUUAUGGUUAACCGUGUGCUACGCGAUGACCCGAGCAAGGGAACCAUGCACAAUCGUCAGGCCGUUACUCCCAAACUGCUAUGGGAGGCCCUAAUGGACUACGACAUGUGGAUCAUUUACCUGCUCGGCCUGACUUGGCUGGUUCCCAGUACACCGGCUACGUCGUACAUUAGUCUGGAACUGAAGUCGCUCGGCUUCAGUACUUUCAACACCAAUAUGCUCACUAUCCCGGCCUAUGUGAUCUUCAUCCUCAAUCUGCUAUUGUGGACUUGGAUAUCUGAACGGUUUAAUCAGCGACUACUGCUUGGUGUCGGUGCUGAACUUUGGGCUUUGAUCCUGUUGAUCGCGUUGGAGACUGUUUCUGAGAAAGCUAGUCCUUGGGUGCGUUGGGCUCUGCUAGUCCUGUUAAUUGGCAUGCCUUACGUGCACGCUAUUAUUGUUGCAAUUACAUCACGUAAUGCAGGCUCUGUGAGGACGCGGACGGUUGCUACAGCUGUCUACAAUAUGGCGGUGCAGGCUAGUAACAUCAUUGGUAACAACGUCUAUCGCACCGAAGACAAGCCGUUCUACCACACUGGUAAUAAGGUCCUUAUAGGUCUUGCAGUGUGGAGUAUGACGAUAUUCAUCAUUGCCAAGAUUUACUACGUGAGACGUAACAAACAAAAUGCCGCUAUCUGGGAUAAGAUGUCCAGUGAAGAGCGGUCACGAUAUGUUGUUGAAAACAAAGAUCUUGGAAACAAGAGAAUUGACUUCCGAUUUUUGCACUAG